AAGGAGGUAGAAUCUACGGUUGACAGCAUGCCUGGAAGUCAGAAUAUUAACGAUUUGAUGGAUAUAUCCCCGUCAUUAUUUACUGAUCCCCUCUUCCCAAUCACGAGCUCGGGUAAUUUUAUUGACCUGUACAAUGCGCUUAUUAAGGCCGAAGAACAAGUGAGGACCACAAAUCAGGAAGUUAUUAGGAGCUAUUUUGCGUUUGGGAAAAAACUUGAGGAUAGGUUUGAGUAUUAUAAAAAAAGUAAUAGAGACCAUAAGGCUAAGAAAAAACUUAUCGAUGAGGUCACAGAACAGCUCCCUAACGACCUUUCGAGGAAUGCAAUCGAGAAAAGACUAGAAAGGGCAAGGAAGAUUUACUACCUUUUCAGUAAUAUUGGAUAUGAGAAGAUACAACUGGUAAAAUCUUAUUCUGCAUUGAGAAUUUCUAAAUUAAGUUGGGACGAGAUCGAUGCUAUAGAAGAAAA